AUGUCAGAAGGAAAAGAUCUUAGAUGGUUUUCAGGCCACACCCAUUUGAAGAUGUCUUGGGUUCAGCAUCAAAUCCAGCUGAAAGAUGGUUAUUUGAGCUACCCCCCUCCUUUCUCUCUUCCCUCUUCGCCCCCAUAUGUUGCUACUUUUCAUAGAGAUUCGAAUCCACCAGCAUCAUCUGGUACAAAAAUAAGUCCUGCUGUUCUUUUUAUAAUAGUAAUUCUGGCUGUACUGUUCUUCAUCUCUGGUUUGCUGCAUCUGCUCGUUAGAUUUCUUACAAAGCACCCAUCUUCCUCAGCUUCUUCUCCUCAGUCGAAUAGUUACCCAGAACUUUCUACUUCUGAUGCUCUUCAGAGACAGCUGCAGCAACUCUUCCACCUUCAUGAUUCUGGUCUAGAUCAAGCUUUUAUUGAUGCUCUUCCUGUUUUCCAAUAUAGAGACAUAGUGGGUUUGAAAGAGCCGUUUGAUUGUUCUGUCUGUCUUUGUGAAUUUUCUGAAAAGGACAAGCUCAGAUUGCUUCCUACGUGUAGCCAUGCUUUCCAUAUCAACUGUAUAGAUACUUGGCUACUGUCAAAUUCAACAUGUCCUCUUUGCAGGGGUACCCUCUUCAAUCCCGAUUAUUCGGUUCAAAACCCAAUUUAUGAUUUUGAUGAGUUUAGAGAAGAAGAAGGGUAUCCUGGUAAUGGAGAAAACGGGUUCACUACUAGGCAAAAGACCAUGGACAUUGAGGAAAUUGUUGUUGAAAAUGGGAUUUUGCCUGUGAGACUUGGCAAAUUUAGAAAGGUAGAUGUUGAGGUAGGAGGGGAGACUGGAGUAGGAGAGACUAGUAGCAGUAAUUUGGAUGCAAGAAGAUGUUUUUCAAUGGGUUCAUAUCAGUAUGUGCUUGGUGAUUCAGACCUUCAGGUUCCCUUAUCGAAUGAUCAACCAGACCGCAAUAUAAAGCUAACAAGAGGGAUACAACACGAUGGUAAUCCUUCAAUUGAUAGUGAUGUGGAGGGAAAGAAGAUCAGUAGUGUGACUAAGGGUGAAAGCUAUUCUGUUUCCAAGAUCUGGCUCUGGUCAAAGAAGGGCAAGUUUUCGAGUUCUAUUGAUACACAGAUGGGUAUGCCUUCCUCUCUUAAUACAGACUUGCCGUGGAUGGGAAGAAUGCGAGCAGAAUAA